AAGUGGAUCAAAGGCGCACUCAUCGGUGCGGGUUCGUUUGGCAAGGUGUACUUGGGAAUGGACGCCUCGAAUGGCCUCCUUAUGGCCGUGAAACAAGUCGAACUCCCGACAGGUUCCGCACCCAAUCAAGAACGUAAGAAGAGCAUGCUCAGCGCGUUAGAACGCGAGAUAGAGUUACUGAAGAACCUACAACACGACAACAUUGUUCAAUAUCUAUAUUCGUCCAUUGAUGAUGAACAUCUCAACAUUUUUCUCGAGUAUGUUCCUGGAGGUUCAGUGACUGCUCUACUGCGGAGCUAUGGAGCCUUUGAAGAAACCUUGGUCAGGAACUUUGUCGGCCAAAUUUUGCAAGGCCUGGAUUACCUGCACGAGCGUGACAUCAUACAUCGCGAUAUCAAAGGGGCAAACAUUCUCGUCGAUAAUAAAGGGGGUAUCAAAAUUUCUGAUUUUGGAAUCUCCAAAAAAGUUGAUGACAAUUUCCCAGAUUUACUAACUGGAAAUCGCUUGCACCGUCCUUCUCUUCAAGGUUCCGUCUUCUGGAUGGCACCCGAAGUAGUAAAGCAGACCGGGCACACACGAAAGGCCGAUAUUUGGAGUGUAGGCUGCCUAGUUGUUGAAAUGCUUACUGGCGAACAUCCCUGGGCACAGCUGACGCAGAUGCAAGCGAUAUUCAAGAUUGGCUCAUCGGCACGGCCAACGAUCCCAUCAGAUAUCUCUUCCGAUGCCCAAAACUUCUUGCAAUGCUCUUUCGAAAUCAAUCACGAGGCGCGUCCAUCGGCGGCUGAGUUGCUGCAGCAUGCUUGGGUCGUCCAAAAGCCUGCAAAAGGAUCAGCUUCCGCAUGA